AUGAAAUCUCAACCAGUGACACAAGACAUACAUUUCAUUUUUCUUCUUUUCAAAACUAUUUGCUCAGACAUGGUGAGUUUCUUGGUAAGUACUGCGGCCAUUGCAAUGCUGGCAGAAAUUGUUCUUGGAACCUUUGCUAAUGUCUUCAUUGUUCUGGUGAACUGCACUGACUGCAUCAAGAGAAGGAAAAUCUCCAUAGCUGAUCGAAUUCUCACUGCUCUGGCCGUCUUCAGGAUUGGCUUGCUUUGGAUAAUAUUAAUGAAUUGGUGCUCAACUGUGUUUCAUCUAGCUUUGUCUUUACAAGUAAGAGUUAGUAUUUGUGUUGGCUGGAUAGUAACCAACCAUUUUAAUACAUGGCUUGCAUCUAUACUCAGCGUACUUUACUUGUUGAAGAUAGGCAACUUCUCUAAUCCUAUUUUUCUUGUUCUGAAGGGAAAAUUUAAGAGUGUCCUUAUAGUUGUAUUUUUGUUCAGUUUGGUGUUCUUAUUUCCCAGUCUUAUGUUGGUAACCCUAUGUGAGACAACCCAAGAGGAUGGACGCCGAGGCAACUUGACUGGGAAGGCCAAGUGGACUUACUUCACGAACCUUACAGCUAUAAUGACUUUCACUCUAGACAGUGUUGUUCCCUUCACCACAUCCAUGAUCUGUUUUCUUCUUUUAAUCCACUCUCUGUGCAAACACAUUAGGACAAUGAAGCUUUAUGGAAAAGGAUCCCAUGACCCCAGUGCUUCAGCCCACAUUAAGGCUUUGCAAGCUGUGACCUCCUUUCUGUUGUUAUUUUCAAUGUUUAUUCUGUCUCUAAUCAUAUCAGUUUACCAUUAUAGAAAUUCUCUGGAGGAACCAGUCCACCUGAUUUGCCAGAUUAUUGGAACCUUGUAUCCUUCAAGCCAUUCUUAUAUCUUGCUUUGGAGGAACAAGAGGGUCAAACAGGCCUUUGUGUUGGCAAUGGUACAGGUGAGGGCGAGGCUCUGGCUGAAAGAAUAA